AUAUAUAUAUAUAUAUAUAUAUACAUACAGACGAAUUUUCUUAAGUCUACUUUAGAUUUGAGAUAUAUAUAUAUAUAUACAUAUAUAUAUAUAUAUUGUGUACAUAUGUUUUAAGUCUAUGUCCCCUUGUGCUUGUCUAAAUCGAUUAUCCAAUCAUGAGUUUUUUGUAUUUCAAAAAAGAAAAGAAAAAAAUACCUGUGUUAUAUACAUUAUAGGAAGUUAUAAUCUUAUUACGGUUUUGCUUUCAUUAAAGCAUUCCCACCGAAAUAAUUCGGUUAUACAUUAUUAGAUCACAAUAAAAAUAUCAAUGAAGUUAUUUAGAAAACUGCCUUUGAAUAUUGACCCAUACACAAUUCGUGGCUAUGAAAUCUCCUCUCAAUAUUCUAAUGUAACAAAAAUUUUAAUAUUUUUGUUAGUAUUAAGUGGAUCGGUAUUGGAGCUUCACUUAUUGGAUGUGGAUAACCACUUAGGCUUUCAUUCGGACACAUUUCAAUAGCAGCAUUUGUUGGAGUACAUACAUACUUAUAUUGUGUACUCAAUAUACAAAUUGGGCAAACAUUUUUGGUGAUAAAAUUCCAAAAGAAUCAGAUGUCUAGUGUUCGAUAAUUUUAUCAUUGUAUCUAUUUAGAAGAAUUUGAGUUGUAUUUUAAAAUAUAGCGUUGAGGUAUUAAUGAAGUCAGUUAAUGUAAAAAUGUGUACACAAAUAUUAAACUGUAAUUAUCGCAUUCAAUAGAACGAAAUCCUCUUUCUACCUUCAUAGACUUUUUAUUGAUGACUAAAUAUUUUUUUUUAAUUUGUUAAAAGCAGGAAGAAAAUAUGUCACUGGGCAGUGACUCUCUGUUUUCCAAGGAUAGAUUGGGGAACAUGUUCGUAAAAAUAAGUAACAAUUUCAGCAUCCAUAUCUACGAUGUCUAUGUCCGUCAGUAAUGAAUCUGAAUCUGUCUUGAAUCCCUUCUACCUGAUUCCCCGUAUUUCAACACGUUAUGUGCUUUUGAGACAAAUAUCCGGAGCAAAGCAGAGCAAACGUCUCAAUUGUGUUAAAUUACAACUUGCGGUACCAAAGAACAGAGUUCAGUGUGUUGUAGAGGUAACUAUGUAUGUGUAAAUAUAUGUAUGUCUAUGUGCUGGUAGGUUGGUAGUGGUAUAUCAUAUAUCAUCACAGUUAGAUUCUAUUGUAGAUGUUGAAAAAGUGAAAAAUAAACAAAUAUUUAAUAAUAAUAGCAUUAUUAUUACCACAUAAAUAUGUAUGUAUGUGCAGCGUUCAACUGUUAUCCGUGUACGAGUAGUUUUAUCAAAGUCCUACAGCUAAUAAAUGAUAAAUAUUUCUUUGUAUUUUAAUUAAAUUCCUGUUACAGGUUAAAUUCAAUCCCAAAAUAAAUAUGAUAUACUAUCAUAUACAAACAUACUUAUGUAAGUUUUCACAAAACCCAAGUGAGAAUACAUACAUAUGUACAUAUGUGAAACAUUAUGGGCACAAAACCCACAAAUAUGUAGUUAAGAAGAUACUAUACAGGCGAAAACUUAUCACAUAAAUGAAAAAGCGUACUAGAAAUUGUUUAAAAUAAGUAUUUGAAAAUAAAUAUUUUAAAUUCGGCUCUCGAUUCAUUCAAUAACUGACAUCGAAGUGACAGUCGUGACAACUACUAAAAGUUUCAGUUUAGUUUCAGCCAGUUUUUAUGCCCGGAAUGCACAGCAGAGCACAACACAUUAGUUCACUGUACUCGUAUUGUUUAACGACAUAGAAAUCGGUCAAAAUCGAUCAGCAAUUGGUGGGGCGGCUAAGUAAACGUGGCUACUCGUUUUCCCUGCACUACAGAGUGCACUUAUUCGGCUUCGUCAGAAUAAAAUCAAAGAAUCAUAGAAUGCAUAAAUUCAUUUGAAAUUUCGAGCUAGUCUUGUGUAAAACCGUCUCUGUCUGCGUGCUCAAAAUGUAUUGGAGCGGUGCCGCAUUUUGUAUAUUUUUAUUUAUUACUCACACCUCAGGGGUACCCCCCGUAAUAAGAGUCGGUGCACUAUUUCCAAAACAUACGGGAAAACACAGCUCUGAACUGGCCUUUAGAUAUGCGGUUCAUAGAUUAAAUCGGGACAAGAGUCUUCUGCCAGAAACUAACAUUGUCUACGAUAUUGAAUACGUCAGUCGAUUUGAUUCGUUUGACACAGUACAAAAAGUUUGCAGACUUGUGCAGGUUGGUGUUCAGGCUAUUUUUAGUCCAACCGACUCUGUUUUGGCAACUCAUAUAAAUUCUAUAUGUGACGCCCUGGAUAUUCCAGAUAUAGGUCGUUCCACCCACGACUUUUCCAUUAACGUUCAUCCAUCACAACAAUAUGUUAACAAUGCAUUCAUCGAUGUUAUACGCUAUCUAAAUUGGACUAGAUUCGGCAUUUUGUAUGAAAAGGAUUAUGGAAUUAUUAAUUUACACCAGCUUUCACGCUCCAUUCAAGCGGAAGUGCACAUGCGAAAAGUAUCCCAAGCAUCGUACCUGUCUGUACUGAACGAGUUUAAGAACAAAGAGAUACAUAACAUAAUAAUUGAUAUAAGCUCAGACGGCAUUACAGCGUUGCUGAAAAAUAUUCUACAACAGCAGAUGAAUGAGUAUAAAUACCACUACUUUUUCACAAGCUUCGACCUGGAAACCUUUGAUUUGGAAGACUUUAAGUAUAAUUUUGUGAACAUAACAUCGUUUCGCCUGGUCGAUAUCGGUGAUGUAGCUGUAAAGGAAAUUUUGAAGGAUCUUGAGUUCUUUGGUCGGACAAUUUUUCAAGAAUCCGAUGCAAACUUGUAUUUACGAAAAGCUGUAACGAUUGAGACGGAACCGGCACUAAUUUUUGAUUCGGUUUAUGUGUUUGCUAUUGGACUGCAGACGUUGGAGCAGUCACAUACGUUGUAUCUAUCGAAUUUGACAUGUGACGAUGAAAUUCCGUGGAAUGGGGGCUUAAGCUUGAUUAAUUAUAUAAAUGCGGUUGAAUGGAAAGGUCUGACUGGUCCUAUUCAAUUUAAAGAAGGUCAGCGAGUUCAGUUCAAGUUGGACCUAAUAAAACUGAAGCAACACUCCAUUGUUAAAGUUGGAGAGUGGACACCCCAGGGUUAUCUCAAUAUAACCGAGCCUUCAGUGUUCUUUGAUUCCGGAUCAAUGAAUGUCACACUGGUAGUAAUAACGAUACUGGAAACGCCAUACGUAAUGAUGCAUUAUGGGAAAAAUUUUACGGGAAAUGAAAGAUUCUACGGAUUUUGUGUCGAUAUUUUGGAAACGAUUUCACACGAGGUUGGUUUUGAUUACAUACUAGAUCUAGUACCCGAUAGAAAGUACGGUGCCAAGGAUCCCGAAACCGGAGAAUGGAAUGGAAUGGUUGCACAGCUAAUGAAAUAUAAGGCUGAUUUGGCUGUCGGCUCUAUGACUAUUACAUAUGCAAGGGAAAGCGUUAUUGAUUUCACAAAACCGUUUAUGAAUCUUGGAAUCAGCAUAUUAUUUAAGGUACCCGAAUCAGAGCCCACCAGAUUGUUCUCUUUUAUGAAUCCUCUGGCAAUAGAAAUCUGGAUAUAUGUUUUGAUUGCGUAUUUUCUUGUGUCAAUUAGUAUAUAUAUUGUGGGAAAACUUUCUCCUAUCGAAUGGCACUGUAUUCACCCCUGUGACUUGGAUAACAUUACGAUUGGCAAUCAGUUUACAAUGUCUGACAGCUUCUGGUUCACUAUCGGAACAUUAAUGCAACAGUCAUCAGAUAUAUAUCCGAGGGCAACGUCAACACGUAUAAUUAGCAGCAUUUGGGGAUUUUUCUCACUGAUUAUUGUGGCAUCAUAUACUGCCAAUUUGGCCGCAUUUUUAACUACCGAACGAAUGAUAAACCCCAUUGAGAACGCCGACGAUUUGGCAACUCAGACUGAAAUAUCUUACGGCACAUUGGAGAGUGGCUCUACGAUGACAUUCUUUCGGGAUUCCAUGAUUGAAACUUACAAGAAAAUGUGGAGAAGCAUGGAUAACAAGAAGCAAGCAUUCACUACUACGUAUGAAGACGGCAUAAGGAGAGUCAAUCAGGGCAAUUACGCAUUUUUAAUGGAGUCCACAAUGCUUGAUUAUAUUGUGCAGCGCGACUGUAACUUGACCCAAAUAGGGGGACUACUGGAUACAAAAGGAUAUGGCAUCGCCACACCUAAGGGUUCGCCAUGGCGAGACAAGAUAUCUUUGGCGAUAUUAGAGCUCCAGGAGAAGGGAGACAUUCAAAUGCUAUACGACAAGUGGUGGAAAAACACUGAUGAGACGUGUACUAGAAGGAGCACCAGCAAACAAUCAAAGGCCAAUGCAUUAGGGCUAGAAAGUAUAGGUACAUAUGUAUAUAUUUAUGAUAUGGCCCCUUACCUCCCCCUAGGUGGUGUAUUUGUGGUCCUAAUGGCUGGGAUUAUUGUCGCAGUUAUUGUUGCGUUUUUUGAGUUUUGGUUUAAUUUUCAAUGCAAUGAAAACGCCAAAUCACUGCAGAAAAAUAUCUGCCGCUUCGCUGAAGAAGGACAUACGGAUAGCGAAUGUGUUUACAUACCACCCAAGCGCUCUUUCUGGAUCGAAAUGUUUGAGGAACUUCGCUAUGCUUCGUGGUGCAUGAACAAACAAAAAAAACCAGAGCUUACUCAGAUAUGUGGCGAAUGUCAGUUUAAUCAUGGAACGAUGGAUUAGUAUUAACCUUUUAAUUAAAUGAAUUACUACGAAUGUAAUUUAUUUAUUAUAUUUACUAAUACUAAAAAAUUAACCUCGUUUUUAUCAUUAUUAUUAUAACUACAAUUUGCAUAGUUUGAUUGAUAAAUGCGAGACCAAAGCUUCAUACCAUUGCCAAUUGUACGUCCCUAUUAUAUUAAUACCACAAUGUUCCCCCAAUUUACAUGUACAACAUGCACGAAAUAAAUUAAGGCAAUACGAUUGAGAACCACUUACAAAUACAUAUGAGGACUUCUUAACAAUGAUUACACGAUAUCGAUUUCUACACCGGCAUAUAGCCAUAGGAGCUCUCUAUUUGCUUUUGACGAUAACUGUUCUUGGCCUCAUCUAUGUCCUGUCAAUCUUUAACAGCACUGAAUUACCAUUUAUGGUUAAAUCUCCAUCAUUGCCAGUGCAGAGUUCUAAAAAUCAGCAAAAGUCUAUUAUAAAUAUCGAUGAUAAAGAAAAUAAGCGUGUCGCUAGUAAUGGCCAAACAACACCACUCCUCCCGCUUACCAGUCACGAAACUAGUGAUGAUCAGCAACAUAUAUAUAUCGACGAUGUUUAUAAGCCGGAAAAAGCGGUUAGGUCGUUUAAGUUGGAAUACUUUUCUACUCGUUCGUCUAAAUUCACAGUAAAUGGGGGACACCAUGAACCGUCCCAAUUAACCUUAGAAUUAGGUUCCGGAACACCAACACGUAUUGUUAAAUUUAAUGAGCUCGACAGAUCAAGAGACACGUACGUUGAUAACGAAGAAGCAAGUGGAUCAUCAAUAUCUGAUGAUACAGAUAUAAACGUUUCUUUUGAUUUAGAUACAAAAAAGUUCAUAAAACGCAUAAACUUACGAUUAUUGAAAAAAGCUGCGUCAAAUAUGACCGCGGGAAGGGCAAAGGGAAGAGAGCACGACAGUCUUUUAAAACAGAGAUCGGACAAUGGAAAGAUGCCUAAGAAGGGAGCAUAUAAUAAUAAAAAACAAAUCGAAUUGCCAACUAAACAAAGGGAUCUUGGGAGCACAAAGCCAGUGGGACGCUUAUUGAUCAGAGAUGACCGAAAACAGGAACGUCGCAUCAUCAGCAACGAGAAGGAGAGUGCAGAUCGAUCCCGAAAGCUUUUAUUGUGCGAAAAAGAAACUGAAUCUGGAAUUGAAUUGGAAAAUGAGCUAUGCCGAAUGCUAUUUAAAGAAUCCUGAAUAAUUGUAUGUCCUUGUACAUACAUGUGCCCAUUCGACUGUAAGACGCCGAUAUUGUAGUUUAGAUUGGAAUCACGAUAAAAUAUUUAGUCAAGGCAAAUAAAGCUAACUGAGGGUUGAGAUCUUGGGAA